GUUGUUGCUUACUCUGAUCAACUUCUCAAAAAUCAAAAUAUAUACACUCCGCUCCGCGCAUUUCAAAGUCAAGUAAUCGGAAUAUUGAGGAAGACAUUGGUUUGAUCGGAGAGAUGUGGAACUAUGCGUACAAAGGCGACGAGGAGUCCGGGUCGGCGCCGCUGUAUCCGACGAUGCUGGAGAAUCCGGAACUCCGGUGGUCAUUCAUUCGGAAAGUGUAUUCCAUUGUAGCCAUCCAAUUGGUCUUGUCCAUCGCCGUCGGCGCCGUCGUCAUCACUAAUCAUCAUAUUUCUCGCUUCUUUGCAACUACUGGCGCUGGUUUGGCUCUCUAUAUUGUUCUCAUCAUCACGCCCUUCAUUGUGCUAUGCCCGUUGUAUUACUACCACCAGAAGCAUCCGUACAACUAUAUACUGCUUGGCAUUUUCACGGUGGCUCUUUCCUUCGCCACCGGAUUGACUUGUGCAUACACUAGUGGGAAAGUGAUCCUAGAAGCAGCCAUUUUAACAGCUGCAGUUGUGAUUGCUCUUACUCUGUACACAUUCUGGGCGGCAAAGAGAGGCCAGGAUUUUAAUUUCCUAGGACCAUUCUUGUUCGGUGCUAUUCUGGUGCUUAUGCUGUUUUCACUGAUCCAGAUAUUCUUUCCUAUGGGGAAGAUCUCAGUGAUGAUCUAUGGCUGUCUGGCAUCCAUAGUAUUCUGUGGGUACAUCGUAUAUGACACGGAUAACCUUAUCAAGCGAUACAGUUACGAUGAAUAUAUCUGGGCCGCCGUCGCCUUGUACCUUGAUGUCAUCAACCUAUUCCUAUCCCUCUUGACUGUUUUUAGAGCUGCUGAUAGUUGAACUGUUGAAGAGUGUGCAGUUAUUGCUUUCUUUCUAUUCUCUCCCAACCAUCAUGGAUUAUUUUGAAUGAUGCUCGUGGCACCGUUGUUGAACUGUAUAUUUGUAUAUUUGUAUGCACUAUUGAUGCCGUGAUAUGGUUAUUUUCCACUUCGUU